GCCUGCUGAAGCUGGAGCUGGUGGGAGCGGGUGGGCAUGCAUGGGCAUGGCGGACACCAGCAUCUUCUCCCUCUCGCCUCCUCUGCUGCGCCUGCGCCUGCGCAUGAGCCACCACCCCCACACAUCAUCAUCAUCAGCUAUUCCUCCUGUUCCUGCUGCUGCAUCAUCCACCAGUUCCAGCCCGCGGCCGCGGCGGCUGCUCAUCAAGCAGCAGAGGAGCAUUAUUGGUAAUAAUCAUUCAUCGCCAACCCGGCAAAGAUCACUAUUACUGUCGUCGUCUCGUGCUUCUGCUUCUGCUUCUUCUUCUUCUUCUUCUUCUUCUUCUUCUGUGGCGACGGCGACGGCGACGGCGACGGCACCGGCGCAGAACGAGAACGAGAAAGACGUCGUCUUCGUGGCUGGCGCCACCGGCAGAGUUGGGUCCCGGGCCGUAAGGGAGCUCAUCAAGCUUGGCUUCCGUGUGCGCGCUGCCGUCAGGAACGCACAGAGGGCCACGUCCCUGGUGCAGAGCGUCCAGCAACUGAAACUAGAGGCGCAGCCUGAGCUGGAGCUUGUGGAGUGUGACCUGGAGAAGCAGGCGCAGGAAGGCAUCGUUUCAGCCAUAGGCAAUGCUUCCCUGGUGGUGUGCUCCAUCGGUGCCAGCGAGAAGGAGAUCCUGGAUGUCACCGGCCCAUACCGCAUCGACUACAUGGCCACCAACAAACUUGUACAAGCUGCAUCUGCUGCCAAGGUGGAGCACUUCAUCCUGGUUACAUCCCUGGGCACCAACAGGAUCGGCUUCCCUGCAUUCCUCUUGAACUUGUUCUGGGGAGUUCUGUACUGGAAAAGACGAGCUGAAGAAGCACUCAUCGCAAGCGGCAUUCCCUACACGAUCAUAAGGCCUGGAGGCAUGGAGAGGCCGACGGACGCUUUCAAGGAGACGCACAACCUGGUGUUGGCACCAGAGGACACCUACGUGGGUGGCCAGGUAUCCAACCUGCAGGUGGCGGAGCUCAUCGGAUGCAUGGCCGCCAACAGGAGGGCGGCCUACUGCAAGAUAGUGGAGGCGGUGGCCGAGACCACGGCGCCAUUGCUGCCCACGGAGCAGCUCCUCUCCACCAUUCCAUCCAAGAGAGAACCACCCUGCUCCGGCCCCGCUGAUGAUGACGAGCCUGGGGAUGAUGCAGAUCCAAAGCCGCCACAACCUCCGCCAGCACCUGCCGCAGCAGAGGAGUCACAGACAACGUAACGACCGGAGGAAAAACAGCAGAGCCAAUUAACGCUCUGACACCCUACACGGCGUAAGUAGAGGCCAUAUAUCACGAGAAAGUUAUUUUUGCCCGCAUGUACGGCAACUCUCUCUACCACUAUAUUCGCAUUGAAAAGUGUGCAAACAUACAUCUCAAUACGAAUCUGCUUUGAGAUGUGUGUUUGCACACUUCUCAAUGCGAAUCCAGUGGUGUAGAGAGUAAGAGCAUAUGCCCUUAAGGGAAAAAAAAAACUGCGUUCCAUAUAUUAUAUCACAUCGUGCACCUUCAUCCCCCUUCCCCAAACAGAGCAGCAGCGAGGGCCCCCCAAGCCCAAGUGCAUGCAACAGCGCCCACUUUCACCUUACACAAGGUAUAGUGUACGUUGCGUGCACAUGCACGUACACAAGGUUUAGCGGCGUGCAAAUCAGAAGCCUACUUAUGGUUAUGGGGAGCAAGACUACCAAGAGACGACAGGAUCAUUGCUACAAUUUGGUGUUAUGUAAUCAUUGAUGCAAUGUAAAACCAACACCGAAACUAACUGGUGAUCUUUGUAAUCUUUUUGUCUAUUUAAGAGCCAAAAUAUCAAUGAAUGCAUCAGGUGGGGGAUUCUCUCCCCUCCCAUCGAGGCAUCGACUUAUAUUUAAAAAAAAAAACAUCUUCCAUUA